AUGCUGCGUAUGUGCAGCAACUGCAGAAGUAAAACAACAGGAAAAAAACCGAACGUAUUUGGUCCUUGGUGGCAUUGCUUUCAGUUAAUAAUACAACUAACUAAAUUAAAAUAAAGUAAAAUAAUGCUAGAAACCAAGAGCAUAAGUGCUUUGGCAUUUACUGAGACGCCGCGCAAGCGUAAAAGGGAAACCAGCGGCUGCGUGCCCCUGCCCCAACCCCUGCCCCAGCAGCAGCAGCAGCAACCCUUAAACAGCGACGCCAAGGUGCAGCAGGAAGCAGCUGCCACUGCCGUCACAGAGUCAUGCUUCACCAACGCUGCGUUCAGUUCGACGCCCAAGAAGCUGAUUGGACGCCGCCGCCUGGCCAAAGAGAAUUGCAAUCCGUUUCCCUGCUUGGAGUUCAAGUCCAUUGCGGAUUUGGCACAGCAGCAGCAGAAGGAGCAGCAGCAGAAGGAGCAGCAGCAGCAGCAGCCACCACCCAGCAAUCCCUUUGAGGUUGUGCGUCAUCCGUGCAAGAAAAAGAAACGAGAAAUUGCCUGCUUUGAGAAUCCUGGCCUCAAUCUAGAGCUGCCCGAAAAGCAAUUCAAUCCGUAUGAGGUCAUUCGUUGCAUCGCCACGCCCAACAAGGGCUUCGUCAAUGCCGCCCUCAAUGUGCGUGGCAGCGAUGCGCCUGCCUCGCGUAAUCCCUUUGAGAUUCAUCGCCAGAGCGAGAUUUCCGCCUUGGCCAGCAAUCCCGCAGGCGUGGCCAAUCCCGCAUUGGCCGAGGAGGCGCAGUCGCUGCUGCUGGAGCCGACCAGCCUGAAGAUCGGUCUGCCAUUUGUGCCCAAUGUCGGCUGUCGCAUCGACUUCCAUGGCAUGUCCCUGGCCCAAUUGACGCCCAGCAAGCUGCUGGCGGAGAAGCUUGUCUUUUCGCCAGUGCCAGGACCAGGACCAGGACCAGAGGAUGUGGCGGGGGCGGGGGCGGUGGCUGGGCCAAAGCGUUCGCUGGGUGCCAUUAGUGAGGAAUCAUCCACGAUGGACAUUGGCAAGGAGCUGGAUCGCUACCAGCUGGAGCUGGAGAAUAGCAUCAAUGAGGCAAAGCUGCGCAAGAAGGCUGGAGUCCUGCUGGAGUCGGAGGAGACGCAGGAGACCCUGACGGUGGUGCAGGAACGCCAGGAGGGAGCUCUUGUGGAGCGUCAGCUUAUAUGCACCAGAAGGCGCACUCUGACGGAGAUAACCGAAGUGCCAGAGGAACAGAAAGAGGAGGAGCAGCAGGAGCCAGAGGAGCCGCAGCAGCCAGAGGAGGAGCAGCUAGAUCCCGAGCCAGAUGCAGCUGAAGCCGAUGUGGCAUAUGCCUCGGAGUCCGACGAGGAAGACUUUAAGGCACCCGCGCGCUUUGUGCGCGCCUAUCGGCCAGCAGCCGCCAGCAAGGAGUCUCUGCACUCGAUUGGCUCCAGCAAGUCCGGCAAGUCCCAGGACAAGCCACCGACCAGCGGCCAUGGCAUGAAGAAUAUGAUACGCAAGUCGAUACGCCGCCUCAUGCAUCCCAUGGAGAGCAGCGCCACUGGCAGCCACUCCCCGGAGAAGCCGCACAACAAUAUCAUGCAAAGCAUUCGCCACAGCCUGCGACGGCGGCCACAGAAGGAGAUGCCGCUGCACGAGGAGCAGUCGGAGCCCGAGGAGGAGCAGCAGGCACAUCCAGCUGAGAUCUCCAUUGUGGAUAGCAGCGAGCGCACAAUGAAGCUGCGCUCGAGCAUUGCCCAAACGGAGUACAUGACCAUCGAACAGCUGACGAACGAGAGGAAGCACACGCUGCGGAAUAGCAUUCGUCGCUCGACACGCGAGGUGCUGCGUCAUGUGUUCCACAAGAGUCACGAUGCCUAUGCCACGGCCAAGUGAGCGGGAAGAUCGAUCACAAAUCAAUUCUUUUAUUACUUUAGACGCUAAGAUUAUUACAUUUUUAAUUGCACCCAAAGAUUGUCAUAC